AUAGCCGUCUCCGGGACGCGUCUAAACCUUCUUUCCUUCGGUUGCUUGCUCCGUCGGUAUUCUGAGUUCCCUUCCAGCUAAGUAUCUCCUGUCUUUCGCGUUUUAGAUCGUUUCUGUUCCAUUUUUUUUAGGCCUUUUUUGGGGGGUUUUCUUUGAUCUAUUGGUUUUCGGGUGAAACCAGUAACGAAAUCUCAACUUCUGUGGUUGGUUUUGGUCUUCGGGUUGAUCUCGUCCCCCAAAAUCAAAUCUUUUGAGGUUUGGACAGAAGCCCCUGCUCCCCAAAUCCGAUCUUUUUGGGUGGAUCUUUUGAUUGGAGAAGUCUCUCUUUCAUUUUGGAUAACAUCCCGUUCCCAAAAUCCGAUCUUUGAUAAGAUUCCAAGUCUGGUGACAUCGGAUCCAGUUUCAAGAUCCCCUGUUCUUGCUGUUUGUUUUGAUUUCUUGUCCUAGCUGCAUCUUCCAGUAAAAACCCCUCCUUUCUGCAUAGAAACUGGUCUUCUGUUUAUAAUUGCAAGGCUAUAUUCUUGAACUCGAUGUUGUCGGGCUUGAUUCUGUCGAUAAUCUUUCUCUAGCCUAUAUGAAUCUCGGUACUCUCCGCCGCCGCCGCAUCUGCUUCCUCCAGUCCUACUCAGUGGUGUUCCUCUAUUGGUUCUACUACUUCUCGUGAAAUAGACCUAAUUGUUCGAUCGGUUCAAUUCAAAGCAAGCACUAAGUUUUUUUUCCAAAGAACUUAUUCGAAAGAGAAUGUCUUCAUUGCCUGCCCGCCGAUCCUCUGGAUCCGAAGGCGAUCCCCAGCUUGUGAUGGAUGAGAGGAAGCGGAAGAGGAUGCUCUCGAACAGGGAGUCGGCGAGGAGGUCCCGGAUGAAGAAGCAGCAGCAGCUUGGCGAUCUGACGAACCAAGCAGCUCAGCUUAGGAAUGAGAAUGAGCAAAUUGCGAUGCAGGCCGAUUUGAUCACCCAGCAAUACGCCGAGCUGGAGACUGAGAACUGUGUUCUGAGAGCCCAGGUGAUGGAGCUGACCGAGAGGCUGCAGUCGCUGAAUUCGGUGCUCCGUGUCUUCGAGGAGGUCAGCGGCAUGGCGAUGGACAUACCGGAGGUGCCGGACCCUCUUCUGAGGCCAUGGCAGCUCCCUUGCCCGGCUCAGCCGAUCAUGGCCACUGCAGACAUGUUCCAGUUCUGAAUCAUGGACACCUUGAGAGGUCUGGUGGUAGUCUUGGUUUAGAGUUCAAUGGUGUGGUGCAUACAUUAUCUUCUUAGGUCUCUGAUGGAGUUAUCAGUUAUGUCUAAUUAUUAUGUGUUUGAAUUUGUGUUUUUUAAUUCAGUGUGUGGUGUGGGCUUGUGUUUGAUCUUUGAUGUAAUAUUUCCUGUAAUGACAUAUGGUAUUUAAGUGUUUGAAUGCAAUGGGAAUUUUGGUUAAA